AUGCAGCAGGAGCACUUGUGUUGCGACGAGGAAAAUCCUCCGCGUGCCUCCUCCUCUUCCACGUUGCAGGGCGAGCGUCGGUGUUCACAUAGUGACGAAGGCGAUGGCGGGGCUCCUUCGGAGGGUGGGCGACGGACACUCACGCAGUUUAGUUUUUUCCGCUGGGGUAAGGCGCCGUCAGUGUCCGACUCAGGGGGGCAUCACAACGGCGCCAGCGACGAGAGAGGCGGCAAAGACAGCGGUAGCAAUGACAGCAGCACUGCCAAGGCGGUGGUGUACGGCUGUGUGGGGAUGCUUGGGGAGUCUGGCAGUGGGCUUACAUCUCUUGCUGCUGCCGCCGCAAAAGUGGCGUCUCGUUGCGGUUCUGCGUUUGACUUUCACUCCUUUAGCUCGGGCUCCUGUGUGACGUACAUUUAUCGACCGUCAGUGUCAAAGCUAAAGGAGUGUUUGCAGGUGAGUGUUGUUGACAGUGGGACUGUGCCACUUCGCGGUGGCAUGGCUACUCGCGUGUUACCACGUUGUGACACUGUCAUCAUCACCUUUGCCCUGACAGGUAUCAAACAAAGGCACUCUGACGCAAAGAACAUAUUUGCCUUCAUGGGGAAACACGGAGGGGGCAACGAGAGUUCAUCUCUGGUUCUCGUACAUUCAGGGGACCGAACGAUACUGCAUGAUGUGUUUGCGAUGAUUGCAGCACGAGUCUCUCCUAGGGGGCGAUGCCCAAAUAUUAUUUUGGUGGGCACCCAUAAGGAUUUAUUAACGGAUCAGUCCACAGGUGCCAUGGACCUUCUUUUUAAAGAACUUCGGUCUAUUUGUACGAGCAUAUUGGCAUCAUUCCAACAACCGCUCUUGUUGCACUCGUUAUUUGCGGUGAGUACGCUGGAUGGUUCUUGUGCAGCUGAGAACAGAGGGGGCCCUACCACAGUGUCAGGAUUGUGGAACUUUAUUUGCGAUGCCACACUGAAAGAUCUUGUCUCCCGUCAUUCGCGGAGGGCAACUCUUCAGGUUCCACACAACAAGCCCUUUUGGCACGUGUUCCGUUUCUCGUCCUUUGCAACGGCCCCUCCACAUACAUGUAGUUUGCAGGAUGCAGAAGUGUCUUCCGGUCGGAAGGAUACGCAUGACAAUAACGAUGAGGAUGGCGAUAAUCCUUCUUCCUCUUGUUCGUUGGUGCAUGCACCCAUGCAUAUGUGUAGUGGUGCUGUCAGCGCCAUACUAAUUCGUUUUAUUGCCAGCGCCAAGGCGAAUAAUAACGUUAUAUUUAUUUACCGUAGCACCUUUAGGAGACUUUUGUAUUCCUCGGCGAUGAUCAGUAAAAAAGAAGUAACGUUUAUUCUGGAGCAGCUGCAACUGGCUGGGGAGAUUGUUUUGUUUCGGUAUCCUUCAGAGGUGGUGCCAUCACGCGAUGUGUGCAUUUGCCUUCAUCCGCAAUUUAUUCAACGGGCCCAGGCAACGGUGUUCCUAUACGCCAACUACGCCAACAAUCGUUCAGUGACACAUGGGAAACUACUCAAGGAUGUUAACUUGGAGCGGUGUGGAGAGUGCGACCCGAACCAUGAUGUCUCACGCGGCAUCUUCCCAUAUCUUUUGUUGCUGGAGCUUUCUCCGAGACUCAAGAUUCCCCGCCCCUUAAAGGAAAUGGAAAUAUUUGCGAUGCUGCUUUUGCUUUCGGGCACGGCCUUUCUUCGUCCCUCCCCUGUAGCGAGAUUAACGAAUAAGAGAGACACAUCCACGAGUCACAUGACGACAACCGAAGAGAGAUCGGAUACUGCGGUAAGCAGUGCAAGUGGUUGUUACUCACUUUCCCGUACGACGAUAGGUUCGCCUGGGAACAAGAGUUCAGAGAGUGAAUCAGAGACAGUACCAGCGGAUUGUCUUGGGCCACUGCCGCCGCAACAUCGGCUGGUGGAAUAUGUUAUUCCCAGCUUGAUUUCCAUGCGAUGCCCCGAUGAACUGCUUGAAUGCGUGCGGUAUUUCUCUGCCAAGGCAAGUAAGGUAACUGCUGAACAAGAGAGUUUGACGAUGUCACGUGUGGUGGUGCUGCGUCACUGCCCACCAGAUUUUUUUCCUAUGCUCACGAGUCGCCUGCAUCGUUACAUGGUUCCAAAUGUUCCCGUUUUUUCUGAGACUCUUUGGUUGGGCGGUUUAGCGUCUGCAGGACAAACUCAUCACCUCUUGCGCAUGUGUAUUUGCCACAGAGGCCCAGAAUCCGCUGCCGCACCAGCGGAGGCAGGAUACCCAAAUUGUGGGAUAUCGUUUCUUGAGUUUCACGCCCAUUCGGAUGUGGGGCUUUUGCCGCUGUUGUUGUUUCUGGAUGAUAUUACUCAUAAAGUGUCAACCUUAAUUGCACACGAGUUCCCUGGAAUGUUCACGCAGGCGCUACCAACUACCACCCCCCUGAGCGAGAAGGUGUGGCGCGGUAGUUGUUUGCCUGCAUCUCUCGUGGCGAGAAGCGGGAUUGCGUCUUUUACUGACAUGACGCCGUUGGAGAAGUUGGAUGCACUCUUUCAUUCACUCGAGCCUCCCAUCUCUGGACCUCUGCAUCCCUGA